AAUUCAACCGAAUUCAACCCAACCUGUCUCCUCGGUCAUUCACAAACCUUCUCCGUCCGUGCCAAGGCUGUUUUCAUUCACCACAAGUGUCAAAAUGUCUACUGAAAAGUGUUUUGCCAAAGGGAGUGCUGCACCCGGUCCAGUCCCCAACGGCUACAUCAGACUUUACAGCAUGAGAUUCUGCCCCUUCGCCCAGAGGACCAGAUUAGUGCUGAGUGCCAAAGGGAUCAAGCAUGACACCAUCAACAUCAACUUGAAAGACAAGCCUGACUGGUACCUUGAGAGGAAUCCCCUUGGUCUUGUCCCAACACUGGAGACACCUGCUGGUGAGGUGAUAUAUGAGUCUCCCAUCACCUGUGACUACCUGGAUGAAGUUUACCCUGAGAAGAAGCUGCUUCCUUCCUCUCCUUUUGGUAAAGCUCAACAGAAGAUGAUGCUGGAGCUAUUUUCCAAGAUAAUACCAUACUUCUACAAGAUCCCAAUGGAGAAAAGGAACGGCCAGGAUGUCUCAGGACUGGAAGCUGAACUGAAAGAGAAGCUUUCCCAAUUAAAUGACGACCUGGUUAACAAGAAGACCAAGUUCUUUGGUGGUGAUUCCAUCACGAUGAUUGACUACAUGAUGUGGCCGUGGUUUGAGAGGCUGGAGGCGUAUGGACUGAAACACUGCCUUGACAGCACACCCGAGCUGAAGAAGUGGACAGAGCGCAUGCUGGAUGACGCGGCUGUCAAAGCCACCAUGCACAGCGUGGACAACCACAAAGCCUUCUACAAGACUUACGUUGAGGGGAAACCCAACUAUGACUAUGGCUUGUAGAAAAGAAGUGAUCACUGGUGUUUUCAGUUAUUCUGGCUGAUUACCUUCUUUUCAGGUUGAUGGUGGGCUAGAGCUUUGAUGGGAACUUAUUAGGUCACAAAUUCUUUCUACCAAUAAGGAUGACAAAGGUGUCAUUUGUUUGUUUUCGCCCUAACAGGUGCGACAACACUAACAGUGGACUCAGGAAGAUGUCAAUCACUUAGUCUAACCACACCCACACAGUCCUGGAAAAGGUCCAAUCUGCCACAUUAACUAUCAACACCUUCAAAGGGUUCAUGGCCUUUAAACCGUCCCAUUUAUUCAUAUCCAUGUUUUUGGUCAUUGUUAUUCUGGAGUCAUGUCUUUUUUUCUAACUGAUGUAAUAUAUGGUAGCAAAUGAUACAAUUAAUGUUUUUUUAUUGAACAAUUAAGACUUAUUUUUUUAUUGAAGAAAAAAAUAUGAACCAUAAUAGGAAUGAGGUACAGUGAGGUAAAUAAGACUCAAGGUGUUUAAUGAUGUGGCACUUUUUCCUAAUACAAAAAAUUGUACAUGUAAUGACUCUUUUGACUGUUAUAAUAAACAUGUUUUCCCCCCAGGCUACA